AUGAAUAAUACUUUUGAACAUGCUCACUCCAAUCCUUCGUCCAAUACAAUUUUUAUAUUUUGGACACAUACUCAAAGUGAAAUGCACGUACGCAACAGCAAUUCUGGCAACUGGACACCGAAUCAUUUUGUACCAUUAUUACUCCCAUUGGAUGAUGCUGCUUUUCAAAUCAACCCAUCGGAACAAGAACCCGUUUAUUUGGCUACUGUGAGUGUUAGCUUUUAG